GUUCAUGUUCUUGUUUGCUUUUGUUGUUCAGACUUCAGAAUCACAUUUCUCUUCUCUCAUCAUCACCAAACCAAACCAUGUCAAAUUUCUCAUCUUGGUUCUCUCGCUUUCGUUCUUCCUCCAAGUACUUGUUCCACCGCACUCUCCACCAUUCCGCACCUCACCAAACCGCACCCUCAGCCGCAGCUGCCACUGUCUUCAACUCCCACAACAGAACAAGGAAGCCAUGGAUGCUUCCUCUGGCUCUCGCUGCUUCUGCUGGAGCACUUGCUCUUCAACCCCAUUUCCACCCUUCCCUUUGUGACGCCCCUGAUGCCAGUAACCGAGAUGUGAGUUUUGGGGGCAAAGGUAGCACCCAGUAUGUUGUUAAGGGAUCACAGAAAGAAUUUCCACAAGAGCUUCUCGAGGAGUUGAAAAUCAUCUGUCAGGAUAACAUAUCACUUGAUUAUGACGAAAGAUAUGUCCAUGGAAAACCACAAAAUAGUUUUCACAAGGCUGUCAAUAUCCCAGAUGUGAUUGUUUAUCCAAGAUCAGAAGAGGAGGUCUCCAAGAUUCUCAAAUUAUGCAACAGCUACAAGAUUCCUAUUGUACCUUAUGGUGGAGCUACAUCAAUUGAGGGUCACACUUUAUCCCCCAAUGGCGGGGUUUGCAUUGACAUGUCAAUAAUGAAAAGAGUGAAAGCAUUACAUGCUGAUGACAUGGAUGUGGUUGUUGAGCCUGGAAUUGGAUGGAUGGAGCUUAAUGAGUAUUUGGAACCUUAUGGCUUAUUUUUCCCACUUGAUCCAGGUCCAGGUGCAAGCAUCGGAGGCAUGUGUGCUACACGUUGUUCUGGUUCGUUAGCUGUGAGGUACGGAACGAUGCGUGAUAAUGUCAUCAGUCUCAAGGUAGUUCUUGCUAAUGGAGACAUUGUGAAGACCGCAUCUCGUGCAAGAAAGAGUGCGGCCGGGUAUGACCUGACCCGCUUGGUGAUUGGGAGUGAAGGAACUCUUGGUGUUAUAACAGAAGUCACACUGCAGCUUCAGAAAAUUCCCCAGUGCUCAGUGGUUGCAAUGUGCAACUUCCCUUCUGUGAAGGAUGCAGCUGAUGUUGCUAUCGCCACGAUGAUGUCUGGUAUACAGGUGUCAAGGGUAGAGCUAUUGGAUGAAGUUCAAGUGAAAGCUAUCAAUAUUGCUAAUGGGAAAAAUUUGCCUGAAUGUCCAACUUUGAUGUUUGAAUUUAUAGGAACAGAGGCAUAUGCACGUGAACAAACACAAAUUGUUCGAAAACUUGUUUCUGAGCACAAUGGUUCAGAUUUUGUAUUUGCAGAAGAGCCUGAAGCUAAAAAAGAACUUUGGAAGGUAAGGAAGGAGGCACUGUGGGCUUGCUUUGCGAUGGAACCUGAUAUGGAGGCAAUGAUUUCGGAUGUAUGUGUUCCUUUAUCUCACCUUGCUGAUAUAAUUUCGAGGUCUAAAAAGGUGCUGGAUACAUCACCACUGACUUGCACAGUGAUUGCUCAUGCUGGUGAUGGUAACUUCCACACGGUAAUUCUAUUUGAUCCUUCCCAAGAAGAACAGAGGAAGGAGGCAGAGAGACUCAACCAUUUUAUGGUUCAUGCUGCCCUGGCAUUGGAAGGAACAUGCACCGGUGAACAUGGUGUUGGCACUGGAAAGAUGAAGUAUCUUGAAGAAGAACUCGGAGAGGAAGCAUUGCGAACAAUGAAGAAAAUAAAAGCAGCCCUAGAUCCCAACAAUAUUAUGAAUCCAGGAAAGCUCAUCCCUCCUCAUGUUUGUUUGUAAUCUGCAAUACAGAAGUCAUGGCUAAACAUGGUCUCUUCAAAUUUACAAGUUAACGCGUUGCAGCUUCUUCCAUCAGGAUCUGUAGAAUUCGCUUUUUUACUUUGUAGGAAAAAUGUCUUCUAAAGUGAGCUUGUGAGAAAGUAAGGGUUUAUCUGUUUUGGAUCUUUAUGGAUUAAUGUUAGCAUGCACUUAAAAAUAAAUUAGUGGUGGAUAACCUCUUGUUUUCUCAAUUUUACAGACAUGCUCACUUUAGAAUUUAGAUAAGCCUUAUGAUAUUGAAAGGCUGUAAUGUUUUCAUUGUUACAGUUUUUUGCCUCUCUUGUUGUGUAUCCUAAGUCUCUCUGAGAAGCUAAGUAACACUAAGUCACUAACACCCUCUUCUCACUUUCAGACAUAAUGCAAUGCAGUCUUAUAGAGGAAUGUUUCCAAUA